UAGCGUUUUUAUUUUUAUUUUAGUUUAUCGUUUCAAUAAAACAUUCAUCCCUUCCCUAUAGAACUUUUGGACCAGUAGUUUUGAAGUUGAGGAUUUGUUCAGUCUGAAAAUCUGGCAAAUUCAGGAAUUCCUAAUGAAGAACAAGGCUGCCAAGCAGAAAUCCAAGAGAAAAGGAAGUGAGAAUGCGUUCGGCUGUGACUUGACAGAAUAUCUACAAAGCUCAGGACAAGAUGUUCCUCAAGUUCUAAAGACCUGUGCAGAGUUCAUUGAGAAACAUGGCAUUGUGGAUGGGAUAUACAGACUCUCAGGGAUAACCUCGAACAUCCAGCGUCUCAGGCAAGAAUUUAUUUCUAAGCUGAGCCCUGACCUUACAAGGGAGCUUUAUCUGCAAGACAUUCACUGUGUGGGGUCAUUAUGCAAGCUCUACUUCAGGGAACUUCCUAACCCCCUGCUGACCUAUGAACUCUACAAGAAAUUUAUGGAUGCCGUCUCAGUUAAGGAAGAAGAUGAGCAGUUACAGCGCAUUCAGAAUGUCAUCAAAGAACUUCCUCCAUCUCACUACAGGACUCUGGAAUAUCUCACCAAACACCUUGCACGCUUGGCUACAUUCAGUUCCAAGACUAACAUGCAUGCCAGGAACCUGGCAUUGGUGUGGGCUCCAAACCUUCUCCGAUCUAAAGAAAUUGAGGUGCCCACUUGCAAUGGGGACAUUGCUUUCCUGGAGGUGAGAGUACAGCAGUCAGUGGUGGAAUUCAUCUUGAACCAUACAGAGCAGAUCUUCAACCACAGAGCUGGGCCAUCCUUAUCUGAAGAGGGGAACAGUUUGGGGUGUGAGACAAAAUGUGCCAGCCUCCCUGCCAGCAGCCAAUGUCUCCCCAUGAAGCUGAUGAGUCUGGAAGAGGCCCAGGCCCGGUCUCUGGACCAGAACCACCCAGCCCGCAAGGACCACCGGUGGAUGAACAGUUUACCUGACAAAAGCGCUGCUGCCCUGGAUUAUAAAAUCAUUGACCUACCUGAUUGCAAAAGGAAGUUUUCAGGAAAGUCAAAAAAGUGGAAAUCUAUCUUUAACCUGGGCAGAUCUGUGACCGACUCAAAGGGGAAACUAAGUCGAAAUGACAGCGUGUUUGUGAGGGCACAGAAACUAUCAGAGAAAGCUCCUAUUCGGCCAACCAAAAGCAUGGACUCCCUCUGCUCUUUGUCUACAGAAGAUAAUGACAGAGAGAGCAAAUUCAGGCGGCCAAGUGAAGGAAAUGGCUUCUUUACACCAGCCUUCAAAUCCCAUACAUUGGGCUCUGGCAGCGUCUAUGAUCUAACAAAGGAGGGCCAUGAAUCUGAGCCUGAGAUACUGCUUGGGGCAACAGGGGUAAGCCCCUGUGUGAGCAGAACAGGGAAGAAGAGUGGCUCAACCCCCUUGCAGAAAGCCCUACCAGAACAACUUAAAGUUUUCAAAGGUGAUGACCUCAGCAAUUGCCAGCCUACCUCUCCCAAGAACAGGAGGAUGCUCUACUCUUGCAGCACCAGCAACGGCUCCUCUAAGCCAUCUUUUCCAGGCAGCCUUUUUCCACUAGAGUCCUCCCCUCGACACCAACACAAAGCCCUCAACAUCUCCGAACCCUUUGCUGUGUCUGUGCCCCUGCGUGUGUCAGCUGUCAUCAGCUCCAACAGUACUCCAUGCAGAGCACCAGGCAAGGACAAGGCAGUCUUCCCUCCUCUCCAAGCCAUGAAAUGCAGCAAUGACAGUAGCAACAGUUAUGUCCCAAUGGGAAAGGAGGACCGGAAUGCAGCAACAGAGAGUGAGGGGAAAGCAGUCUGCACUACCACAGAGGCAGCAGAAGGACAUAACACAGAGCUGAGAGGCUGCCGUGGCACAGUGGUUACUUCUGAACCUCAGCAUUUGCUGGUCAACACAAAGGAGAAAAUGAAUGAACCUUCUGGACCUCUGAAUCCCUCAGCCCAGGCUUCAAUGCAGCCCUUCUCCUCAACAACAUCCAGAAACACUGAAACUAGAGAGACCCUCACAUCAAUACAGCCCAGCUCUCUGCAUGCAGCAGAGUUUACAAAGCCUCCAAGACUGGAGAACCUGCUGAAACAACAGUUUGAGCUUGAAGAACUGAUUCAACCAGACAAGACAGAAGAGCUGUGGCCCUUUACUCACCUUGAGCUGAAAAUCAUUGAGCCUGAUAUUGACAUUGUAAAGGACAAGUCUGAGGCCGAUAAUCUUGCUUCCAAGAACACUAAUAAUGUUCUACUUAAGCAAGACUCACAUGCUAAGAGAAGAAGUAGUUUCCCCACUUACCCAGUGUUAAGUGUAGAGCACUCUAACCUAACAUCAAAAAAUCUCCAGGAUGGCCCCCAAACUGGAAAUCCACAUUGUUCAUCUCUGAGGGACAUUCCAGAAAGGCUGUUUUCAUUUGAUGGAAACUUGAAUGUCAGUCCCCAGAAAAAUCUAAAACAAGGCUCUGAAAACCAAGAUUUAACGCAGGCAACAAGUAUUUUGGAGAUUAAACUAAAGCUAUCUCCUUUAGAGGGACAUAAAGAAGCAUUUGGAAAACGCAAUAAACAAGAAGAGAACACAGGAGCCUGUCACACUGGUAAAAAGACAGACCAAUCUGUUGAAUUCGGGGGAGGCAUUAGCAACUCUCCAAAGCCCAAGGAUGAGAGACCAAAAUCACUGGAGAUACCAGAGAAGGAUGAGGAGGACACUUGGGGGGACAGCCCAGGGGGUUUAGAUCUGGUAGAGCCCUGGGAAGACUACAGCACCAUGAAACAGUGGGUGACUAGCCCUCUCCAUUCUCCUAAAACACUUGAUUUUUUACUAAAAUCAGAAAAAUUGUCUUCAUUUUCAGUGGGGGAGAACUACUUCUUCAACAAACCAAACAUAACGCUUCCAGUGAAAGGCAAUGAGAUUGUUAGUGAUGAAAUGCACACAGAUGUGAGCACUGUACCAUCCCAUGGAAAUAAUUUUCUCCCACAUGAUCAAAUAAAACAAGCAAAUGCUGCAAGUCUAGAGCCCCAGCCAAGCAAUAGGUCUGAAAUCUAUGAAGAAACCAAAAAAAUUCCAGGUAUAGUAAAAGAUAAUUCAGAACAAAAAAAAAAUCUUUCUUCUCAAAAGUUUCACAAACACAAAACUCAAGACUCACUCAAUUUUGAAAAGAUAAAAGAAAACACUAUUGCGAAGCACUCCAGGCCAUAUUCCCUCACCUUGGAUCUAGGCACACAGUUCAUCAAAGAAACCUCAGUUCAGCGAAACCUGGAUUUCUUCCUUCCAGACAUUUCUUUCACUCAAGUAGACUCAGUGACACCAUCUGAGACCAAAGACUGCUCUUCAUCUUUUGAGCUGGAAAUGUUCCUGACUGACCAUCGAGCUGCUAUGCGUCGGAACUCUGCUCCUGUCAGUGUGUCCUCCAUCAGAACAUCUUACAUGAUCAAGACAUGCCAAGCUAAAGCUGUGCCAGUCAUACCGCCAAAGAUUCAGUACAGCCGUAUACCUCAGCCGCUACAAGUGAAGAAUUCUCAGUCAUAUCUGGAAAAAGAAGUAGAAAAGGUGCUUGAAAACAGCCAAAAGGUAGAUGUAGACACACUACCAGCCUUGUCCAAUAUCAGGUGUACAAAAGAAGAGACUGAAAACAACAAGCCAGUGACCAAAAUAACCAAGCAGACAAGUAUGUGUGACUCUGCUGAGGUGUGUAAAGUUACGCCCCCUUCAGAUCAACCAGUGUUGAGAAGGAAGCGCAGCUCCAAAGGGGAUGCCUCUGGAGACUCCUUUAGAUUUGAUAGAUCCACAAUAAUACACAGGCAGUCAUUCAGGAAUCGGCCAAAUAGACCACAAAGUCUCAUUCUAUUCAGCCCACCCUUUCCCAUUAUGGAUUACCCUCCAUUGGGAGAUGAAGGUAGAUUAAUCCUAUCACCUACUAGAAACCCUAAUGAGACCUCAAAACUUUAUUCUUUUAACAAGGAAGUGGAUGGCAAACUCAGGAGCUCAGAGGCAGAGAUGCUGCAAAACAAAAUGACAAUGCCUAAGAGUGGACAGAGGUUAGAGACUUCAACAAGUUGCUUCUAUCAGCCACAGAGGGAGUCAAUGAUAUUUGAGGGCAGGAGUAACAGGCAGAUUGACUGAACUACAGUGUCUCACUGUCCAUCUGCAUUCCCCGGUGUAUCA